AUGACUUCAACCACCACACCAAUGCCCAACAUCGGCGGCCUGUUGGCUCCGUUACUGCCCGCUCUCGUGCCGGCAAGCAUCUCCAAACAGCCCGCCAUCGGCGUCUUGCCGCUUCUCAGCCCCAUCUUGAGGCAACGAGUUCAACUUCUUGCAGAGGCCAGCACCGAGCCAUGGCUCCGUCUCCUCGCAUAUGACACCGACAAGGCAGCCCGCCUGGCAGAGAUUGUCCAGAGCGGCAGGCUAGAGCCGCAUCCCGUAUCUGGCGAGGUCGAGGUAGACUGGGAAUACGACGCAAAGACGAGGUACAGGCGGCUCGAUCUCGAGACCUUACAGGCCUUUGUUGCCCUCGAGGAGCUCGAGUUGACCUUCCAACUAGUCUACUGCGUCGGCGACAAGGAUGGCGGCGGCGACGGCUGGAGGAUCGGCGAGGUUAGCGUCACCGACAAGGCGGCACCCUUUGGGACUUUUGGCGGCUAUUCGACCAUCGCCGAGGCCGAAAAGGCCUAUGCAGACGAAAAGUCAAAGGCGGCGACGACGUCGAGAGCACCAGCCAGCUCAGCGUACAACGACGCCCCCGAGGCGGAUGACGACGAGGAUGAUGGAUACUGGGACAGAUACGACGCAACUCCUGCUCGCACACCAGCAAAUGAGUCCCCCGCAGUCAAGCGUUCCCCCGCGCCGCACGUACCACAGCCGUCGCAGCUGGGCCAGUUCCGAACCGACUCGGCGGAGGAUGCGUACUAUGCGCAAUAUGAUUCAGUGCAACCGGCAAUGGACGGCCACGAUCCCGACGAGGAGGUCGAGGGCUUCGAAACUGCCCCUCCUCUGGGACUCGGCGCUGUUGUCAGCCAAAAUGACUCGGACCGGGGUCUUAACGAGACAAACGGAUCCUGGACAAUGGCUGAACCCCCGCGGUCGCCCUCGAUUCACAGCCAGAUUGACGAAGACAGGGCUGCUGUGCUCCUUCAUCCGCGUCCGGCUUCGAGCGCUAGCAGCAACGGCAGCCGUUUGGUCGAGAAACUCGAGGAGAGCGUGGGCAAGCAGGACCAGAAUGAGUUCGGCGUGAAGCAGCAUGUGUCGAGGAGCAUUCGCAGCCUCUUCCUGCUGGCUCGCUCGUCCGGUAUCGACAGAGAAGAGUUUGAGCGUUUAGUGAAGACGGAGCUGGACGUCCUCGGCAUGAUUGAAGAUGACGAGGUUUGA